CUGUGGAAGGAGGCAGGGCGCACUAGUCGUUUCAGGACCAAGUGCCCUCUCGCGCUGACACCGACCUGUUGUGCUGCAAGAUGGAUGAAAAGUCUCGACGCCCCGAAGACACACCGUUCAAGCAGCAAAAGCUGAAGGCUUGGCAACCCAUCUUGACCCCGAACUGGGUCAUUGGCACCUUCUUCGUCGUGGGAUUGAUCUUCAUUCCCAUCGGGAUCAUCCUGCGUCUUGAAUCGGACAACGUGGUGGAAUACUCGAUCCAGUACGACGGCGAUGGAAAGUUGGACGGCACUGCGGCGGAUUCGCUCACGUCGAUUCGAAGCGUGAACGGCGCUCCAGCUGCAUGCGCUCUCGGGGACGGAGACGGCAACUCGUUCGACUUGAAUCGCCACGGGUGUUUGCUCACGUUCAAGCUGGACAAAGACAUGAAAGCGCCAACGUUCGUGUAUUACCAGCUCGACAACUUUUACCAGAAUCAUCGCCGAUACGUCGCGUCGCGCAGCGACGAGCAGCUCCGAGGGAACCAGCCUGGCACUCGGUCGGACUGCGACCCCAUGCAGAUGAGCCCCGAGAAUACAGUCAAGUAUGCCGACCUCCACGACACAGUUGGCACAAACGGCACAUGGAACUUGAACCCAUGCGGCCUCAUCGCCAACAGUUUGUUCAAUGAUAUCUUUUGGAUCAACAGCGUCACGACCCCGUCUGGGGCCCGGUACACCCAGACGGAUACGUACCCCGGCACGUCGGUGGAAGUGGUCAACCUGAUGAGUCAAUCUGGGAUUGCGUGGAAGAGCGACAUCGCGUCCAAAUUUGAUAACAUCAAGGAGGCCGACCGCCGCCCCGACGAAAUGUACUUGUGGCAGAACCCCAACUACCGCAACAUCAUACCCAAGGGCCCGGGGAUUCCCCGCGUCCUCAACAAGACGGCAUGGACGACGGACACGAAUGCCAAUUACGGCGUCAAGAGCGAGCACUUUAUCGUGUGGAUGCGCACGGCAGGGCUGCCGAACUUUCGAAAGCUGUACGGACGCAUCGACACGGAUCUACCGGCGGGCACAACCCUCGAGUUCCUCGUCUCCAGCAACUUUGUUGUGUCGGCGUUUGAAGGGAAAAAGUCGCUCGUCGUGUCGACCACGAGCUGGUUCGGCGGCCGCAACCCGUUCCUGGGCGUCGCGUACAUCACCGUCGGGUCCCUCUGCAUGGUUCUCUCGAUCCUUUUCUUUGCCAAGCACAAGCUGUCGCCGCGGAAACUCGGCGACACGAGAUACCUCGUCUGGAAGAACAACCAGUAGGACGACCCGGCCGGCCAUGCAUAAACAUGUAUACAUUACACUGACGACGUGGUUGGGGCGGUUCCCUCGCUCAGUUGGAUCCCCGGUGCGUUGGGGGGAGUUGCGGCACCCAAGGGAGGACGGUACACGUCACCCACUCCCGCGUUAUGCUGGAGAGCGAUGGACUGGAUUGUGGCGGGAGAGGCAGCGUCUGCACCGCAAG